AUGGCGCCUGAUGGGUCCCUUGUCUUUGCUGGCUCAAGCCCAGCCGACGUGGGCUUCGCCCGCAUGUUCUGGACCUCAGCCAUGCUCCCACCACCACUUGAGUCCUGUCUAGGCCCUGCCACCCUGCAACGUGAGCGGACCCUGCCCUAUGGCAGGACCCUGCCCUGUGAGGGAACCCUGCCCCAUGAAGGGACCCUGCCCUGUGAGGGGACCCUGCCCCAUGAAGGGACCCUGCCCCAUGAAGGGACCCUGCCCUGUGAGGGAACUCUGCCCCAUGAAGGGACCCUGCCCUGUGAGGGGACCCUGCCCUGUGAGGGGACCCUGCCUGCAGCCCUACACCGUCUCUGGGGACCUCUCUUCUGGUACACGAUGGUUCAGUUGCCCUCUGUGAAGGACAGUGGUAGUAGGAGCACUUGCUCAUUUGCUUCUCAUUUGUAUUAUUUAGAAAGUGAGAAAAACAGUGAGAAAGAGAGACUCUCAGAAGCUCAAAGCAUGGAGAAAACUAAAGUAAAAGAAAAAUAUCUUCAGCAGGCCAGGAGAAGAGAAGAAAUACUAGCUUUACUGAGGAAACAGAGAGAGGAAAGGAUUGCAAAAGAGAUGAUUUCUCAUCCACAUAAACCAAAGAUCAAAACUGAUCAACUAAGCAGGCAGAAGGUGUCUGAAGCUGACCUUAUGGAUCAAGAAGCAGUAAAGGCACUUAAAUAG